AUGAAAUUCAACACCUGCUACAACCACAGCAUUCGGCUGGAACGCCGGAUAGCUGGCUCAACCAACCGGUGGCGUUUUCCCAAAGAGCCUUUCUCCCAGGACCUGCUGGCGCUCUCCCAGAUGUGCAAGGCCAUGAGCAUAGACUUCGAUGAUGCCCUGAAGGACCCAGACAGGUUAUGCAUUUCAAAAAGUCGGAAAGGUUUCUCUGAGAAUUUGAAGAACAAGGCCCUCCAAAGCGGGGAUACCGCCGUGAUUCUCGAAUGCCUGGGCCUCCAAUGGGAGCUCCACCUGCCCCAACUUUUUCAGUCCGAGACCUUGACCAAGCUUUACCUGGUGGCCCUGGGAGAGGACACCUCAGACCCCGUGGAGGAGCUCGAGAAGCUGCUGCAAGCGCCGGCACCGAGGAGGAGCAAAGAAAGACCCCCCGUCAAGAAGAUGAUCAUUUCCUUGAAGAUCAACGAUCCCCUGGUCACUAAAGUCGCCUUCGCCACAGCCCUGAAGAACCUGUACGUGAGCCAGGCGGAGGUGGAUCUGGAUGAGGUGCUGGGCGUGCUGGCUUCCGCUCACACUCUCCAGUUCAGCAGCCUGUUUCAAAGGUGUGUGGCCAUGAUGAUGAAGGGACUUGAGCCAAGCAACAUCAACAGCUUCUACUUGACCGGCCGCAAGUACAAGGAGGAGCAGCUCAUCGCCGCCUGCGAGAAGUGGCUGGAAGUGAACUUGGUCCCUCUGAUGGGGACGCAGAUCCACCUCCGGAAAAUCCCAAAGGAGCUGCUCCACAAAGUGCUAAGGUCCCCCAGGCUGUUUACUUUUAGUGAGUUUCACCUCCUGAAAACACUGCUUUUGUGGGUCUACUUGCAACUGAACCACAGAGUUCAGACGAUGCCGGCAUAUGAGACCGUGAUGGCAUUUUUUAACAGCUUCCCCAAGAAGUGUUCCUUUCUGGAGCGAGAUGUCGGACACAGCUUGAUGUCACUCUUCCUUUGCCUACGUCUGCACGGCAUCACCAAAGGCAAGGAUCUGGAGGAGUUAAAGCACAUUAACUUCUUCCCUGCAUCCUGGCUGGUCCGGGUUAAAGCCAACCAUUACCACGCACUGGAGAACGGGGGUGACAUGACCUACUUGAACGACCUCGCCACCCAGGCCAUGAGAUUCGGGCUGAUGUUCAACCAGGAAUAUACGACUCAUUCAAAAAUGAUUGCUAUAUAUGGAUUCUUCUUUGAGAUAAAGGGAAUCAAAAAUGACACUACCUCUUAUAGUUUUUACAUGCAGAGGAUAAGGCACACCGACGUGGACUCCUCACUCCGCGAGCACGGCCUCAUCAGCCUGCGGGCGGAACGCUUGGUCAAGUACGAGAUCACAGCGCAGACCCUGGUGGGCGGCAGGUGGCAGGAGUUCAGGACAAACGAAAUCAUGCAGAAGUUUCGGUUGGUCAAGGCAUCCUGCAAAAGCCACGUCUUGAAAAUCCAAACUGUGGGCAACCCGAUCUACGUGAGUUUUUCAUUCAUCUUCCCAGGAUCUUGA